AGAAAAGACUGGCCUGCAGCGCGAGCCAGGCUGUACCAACGAAGUGGCCUGCAUUGGUAUUGGAUUCGAACCCAGAUGAGUUGGAUUGUGGCCAGACCAAAAUCAUCUCGGUGACUACCUAGGUACGUUCUAGGCUCUGAACCUGGACGCUAGCAGCCUCUCUUUCAGCGUGAAAUUAUCACCUUCUUUCUGAGUCAGGGCACACUAUACCGCUCCAAAAGCCAGCGUACCAUCAUUCAAUGCCAUCUCACCAAUCUUCAAAGACGGAUGUGUCUUCGAAACCCAAACCUAUUGAAAGACCGAAAUUGAGCAGAUCGCAACGCGAGCGCAAGCGAGAGAGCGACAGAGAAGCGCAACGGCAAAUUCGUCAGAAAACCAAAAAUCACAUCGCUCAUCUUGAACAAUUGGUCAAGACUCUACAGGAGUCGCAUGCAGACGAUGCCCGGACGAAUGACCUUGUCGAGCAGAUCAAGUCAAACCGGAGAGAGAUGGACUCACUGCGUGGAUUUUUUCGCGGAGUUUCAAAAUUAGUUGAAAGUGUCUCAGGGUCGCAAUGUGCUGUGGAUAGAGAGUACGACAAGGAUCGUUCUGCUGAGCCCCAGCUCUUUUCGUGUCUCCCAGAAGACGGAGAUGCCUCACCAGGCAACAUGGACGACACGCAGAUUUUGGGUCCGUCCCUCAAAGUCGCCAGUUCCCGUGUUAGCGUUCGGAGCUCUCUGGAUGUGCUUGAGAAGGACAAUACGGAUUCACAAAACACGUCCACAUCGACACCACCGCCGGCCGGUUUUGACUUGGCAGAUCUUUUGUUACCAGAAUGCGCUGAUAACUUGGGAGGCCAAGGUUGGUGCCAGGCAUCUCGUCAAGGUGUCACCUCAAGCACUUCUUCCGAUAAUCAAAUCUCUCAACAAACCACAGUCCGCCGCAACAUCAGCAUGGUCGUAACAGAGAUCCUUCAAACUAGAAGCCUGGAAGGAAGGCUAUACUAUCUAGCAGGCAGUGUCCUCCGCUUCAUCUUAGGCCUGCCAAGAGAAGAGCCCACGCCGGUAGAAUUCACCGAAGACAUCGCAAUUCGAGCCGUUUUGAGUGGAUGGGAGAAUGUUGCCGAACAAUAUGAUCUAGAUCCUGGCUGGCUAUGGCUCCGUCACCUCGAUGAAGCGGUAUACUCGGCUUGCGGUAUUCCUGAAAGGCUGGCAUGCCUCCGCAUAAUGCGACUUUACCUACAGGCACAGAUGUGGCCACAGACGUCGUCCAGCUCUGAACUUCCUGCAUUCCUCGCUCCUCGUCCGUCUCAGAAAUUCAUGGAGCACGAUCCUCUCGUCGAGUACUUCGUAUGGCCAGGCAUGCGCGAGCACAUGAUCUUUGAACCGACGAGAUAUGCCACCAAUAUAUUCAUGGACACUUUCCGGAAUCAGGCUCGCUUCGUCUGGCAACACAAUCCCGAAGAUAUAUUCUCUCGCGACGUCUUCUCAGGCACGUACUCAUUUUCCCAGGAGUUUAUCGCACGACAAAACGAUCUCCGCUGCUGGGCAGUGCGGUCGGAAUUCUUUGUGCGAUUCCCCGAGUUGAGGCAGGAUAUCCCAUGCUAUGAUGAAUGCCUGUCGCUUUUACCCCAGCUCUUCGUUCCACAGGGACAGAGUUCACACAUAGCGCAUGCUGCUAGUAAUGAUGUAAACUCCGAGAGGGUUGUUGACAAGCAUGGGCCAUCACCGCCGAUGCUGAGAGAUGGGCUAUUGUCCAAUUAUAUCACAGACGGGCUCUGACGACAAAGGCAGGGGAUGGAGAGUUGACCAUUGCAUGGACAUACUACGAGUCAGCAUUGAACUUUUUAGUAAAGAACCUUGACAUGUCUCCACUUCGUCGACGUUGACUUGGUGAAUUGAGUAAAUCACCAUUAUUGGGCCGUGGGUGGUCUCCCAGACAGGGCAUUGUUAUGAGUCAGGAAUGCUGAGUCGUACAGAUUGUGGCCCGCUGACUCGACAGCUCAAGGAUUUCAUGACUG